UGCCGUGGAGGUCUGGUCGAUGUGUGCUUAGGGUGCAUUUUGCUGGUCAUUAGUUGUGACUACUUUUGAAGAUUUGCUGAAUAUUGGAAAAAAAGUUAACGUUCAUGUUCAACUUUCAAACAAACUUAAUCGCGCUGCCAAUAGAAUAUGAGCCCAUUUGAAGAUGCUGCCCUCGUCGACCGUCCCAACCGCGGGACAGUGGGCUGUGACAAGCCCACCAGACCAGUGGGCUGUAACAAGCCCACCGGGCUGGUCUUCUUCGACUGGAAGGCCGCGGAAGCCCAGUGGGCGAGGGACGCCGCGAUGGCAAGAGGGCUGCGCUUCCCUCUUCCCCGCACAAACCUGCACUGGUGGGCGCGUGAGCUGACAGCCUCCAUAGGGGGACGCCUCCCCUCCCAGCGGCCGGGGGGAACUGGCGCUGCUGCGGCUUCAACAGAUGCAACAUCAACAUCUGCAUCAACAACCACAACAACAGUCUCAUCAACAACUCAAGAAACAGCUUCAACAACAUCAAAAUCAACACUAAAAUCGAGACUAAAGACAGCAACGGUAAAGGCAGCGACAACAGCCCUUGCGUCCAAACUAAAAGUUUGGCAAAAAUAUGAAACGUCGGAUAAAAUUUCCAUUUCGUCCAGGACAGACAAAAUCUCUUUAAAUGAUAGAAUACACGGAACGGAUAAACUGGAUAGAAUGGAUAGAGCCUCCUUGUACAGACAAAUAUAUUUUGAUGAAUCGAUAUUGAUUCGCGAAAGUGAAAUUAAUGAAUGAAU